UUACCCCACAAACGACGAUAAAGCAAUGACACAAUCACAAAAAGACCUUAGAACAGAUCAGAGUCAAGUCAAUCUUCCACAUCUACACGCUCAAAUUUCAUAGCCGCCAUCUAUUAACACUCACCCCUUUUCUCUGAUAUAACCAAACCAACCACAAGUGUUUGCGUUUCAUUCAUGGCACCAUAGUUGACCAAACCAACUCUCAUCGAAACCAUGUCUCUCUCCACUCCUUCCUUCUUCUUCCUCACCUUCUUCUUCUUCCUCUUCAAUCUUCAACCAUCUUUCUCCCAACACCAAUUCUCAUCCUUCAACAUCUCAAAUUCUCCAUGGCAACCAUCUCAGAACAGAACUCUUCUCUCUCCCAACAAAAACUUCACUGCCGGUUUCUCUCCCGUGCCAAACUCCAACAAUCUCUUCAUCUUUUCCAUUUGGUAUUCCAAAGUCCCUAAAACUGCCAACAAUAUUGUGUGGAGUGACACCACCCAAGUGAACAGUUCUGGCUCUCUUGUUAUCACCUCAAAAUCAGAACUUCUCCUCGAUGGUUCACCCUUUCAAGGAACUGCCGACACUAAUGCUUCCCGACUUGAACUGAAGGACAAUGGAGAGUUGGCUUUUGGGAACUGGAGUAGCUUCAAGAACCCCACCAACACCGUUUUGCCCAACCAGAGCUUCACAGGGAUUGAGCUUCUCUCCAACAAUGGGAAAUUCAGGUUCACCAAGUCUCAGUUUCUGGUCCUCAACUCCACCUCUGAUCAGUACUAUAGCACCCCAAAUCCCUUGCUGAGCAUGGACGAUGCAGGGAAAAUGAGCAUGCAAGGUAACUCUUUUCUCACUUCUGAUUACGGAGACCCCAGAUUCAGGAAAGUGGUCCUUGAUGAUGAUGGGAAUCUCAGGAUCUAUAGCUUCUACCCUGAGCAGAAUAACCAGUGGCUUGAGGUUUGGAAAGGGAUAUGGGAGAUGUGCACGAUCAAAGGCAAAUGUGGGUCUAAUGCAAUCUGUGUGCCUGGAGAGGAUUUGAACUCUUCCACUCAUUGUGAUUGCCCAUCUGGGUUCACCCCAAACCAAGGUGGGUCUGAAGAGGGUUGCACAAGGAAAAUCUCUCUCUCCCAAAGCACCCAAUUUCUGAGGCUGGACUAUGUGAACUUCACCAGUGAUGGUAAUCUGAACAAGAUUAAAGCUGACAACUUCACAAUCUGUGAGUCCGGUUGCUCAAGAGAUAAAACUUGUCUUGGAUUUGGGUUCAAAUAUGAUGGAUCUGGCUACUGUGUGUGGGUGACUGGAACAAAUCUUCGAUUUGGAUACUGGUCACCAGGCACUGAGGCUGCCUUUUUUCUCAAAGUUGAUAAAUCUGAGUCAACACCAUCCAACUUCAUUGGCCUGACUGAGGUGAUGCAAACCACAUGCCCAGUGAACUUAAGCCUGCCACUGCCCCCAAAGGACUCAAACACAACAGCCAGAAACAUAGCCAUAAUAUGCACACUUUUUGCUGCAGAACUCAUAGCUGGGGUGGCCUUCUUCUGGUCCUUCCUCAAGAGGUACAUCAAGUAUAGGGACAUGGCCACCACACUAGGCCUGGAGCUUCUCCCUGCUGGGGGUCCCAAGAGGUUCACCUACUCAGAAAUCAAGGCUGCCACCAAUGACUUCUCCAAUCUCAUAGGCAAAGGAGGCUUUGGAGAUGUCUACAAAGGUGAGUUGCCAGACCACAGGGUAGUGGCGGUGAAGUGCCUCAAGAAUGUCACAGGUGGUGAUGCUGAGUUCUGGGCAGAAGUCACAAUCAUUGCCAGAAUGCACCACCUCAACUUGGUGAGGCUGUGGGGGUUCUGUGCUGAGAAGGGUCAAAGAAUACUAGUCUAUGAACACAUUCCCUGUGGCUCAUUGGACAAGUACCUCUUCAGGGUCAACAAGUCUCACAGUAAUAACAACAACCAUCUCAAGGACCAAACAAAUCCAAACACACCACAGCAGAAGCCAGUUUUGGAUUGGAGCAUGAGGUACAGAAUAGCCCUUGGUGUGGCAAGGGCUAUUGCCUACUUGCACGAGGAGUGUUUGGAGUGGGUUUUGCACUGUGACAUCAAGCCUGAGAACAUCUUGCUAGGUGAUGAUUUUUGCCCCAAAAUCUCAGAUUUUGGGCUGGCCAAGUUGAGGAAAAAGGAGGACAUGGUGACCAUGUCAAGGAGGAGAGGCACACCAGGGUACAUGGCACCUGAAUGGAUCACAGCCGACCCAAUCACUUCAAAAGCUGAUGUGUAUAGUUUUGGCAUGGUGCUUUUGGAGCUUGUGAGUGGAAUUAGGAACUUUGAGAUUCAAGAUUCUGUGCUUAGGAGUGAGGAGUGGUACUUUCCUGGUUGGGCCUUUGAUAAAAUGUUUAAGGAGAUGAGAGUGGAGGAGAUUUUGGAUGCACAGAUUAGGAAUGCUUAUGAUAGCAGAACCCACUUUGACAUGGUUAAUAGGAUGGUGAAGACUGCCAUGUGGUGUCUACAAGAUAGGCCUGAGUUGAGGCCCACUAUGGGUAAGGUGGCCAAGAUGUUGGAAGGGACUGUGGAGAUCCUUGAGCCCAAGAAGCCCACUGUUUUCUUCCUUGGAGAAGAGUAGCUUCAUUUUUUUUUUUCUUAUGAAAAAAAAUACAUACAUUUAGUUUUCAAAGAAAGAGAGUACUAACUCUUUUUUGUGUAAUGUAGUGUGAUGAGAUGUCUCUCCUUUUGUUUGAUUCUUUCUUCUCAAGGCUUUCUUGUGUAUCUCCCUACCCUUUUGCUUCAUGGUAUCCUUCAUAAGAGCUAAAAAUGAUGGCAUUGAAAAAGAAUCAAAAUGUAUUGUAUACCUUUAAUUUACUA